AUGGCUGAAGAUGUUAUGCAAAGAACGGAGAAGAAGCGACGCAGGCAGCUCAAGAAGCACAAUUCCAAGGCCAAGCAGCAGCAGGAUAAGCCCAAGAAGCACACGAAGAAGCGACUCAAGAUGUCGCCGGGCAACAUUAGCUUUGACUAUAGGCUCUUCCUCUACCGCCAGGAGCUGCGCCGCUCCAGCGCGAACCAAUCCUACCUGCGGCUGUCCCGCGCAAAAAUCAUGCUCACCGCCGAGCUGAUAGCCAAGAAUAUGUGCAGCUACAACAAAAUGUGCAGCGUCGACGAUCUCAAGAUGCUCAGCCGCGAGGUGCAGUUCAAGAAGCGGCUCUGCAGCCAGGUGGAGCGUCUCGAACAGUUCCAGGAACUCGGACUCACCGACGUCGUGCUCAAUGGCAAGCGAACGGCGCUCUAG